AUGUGGAACAAGGUAGAUCUCAAAAGUGAUCAGCCAUGUGAGCUAUCACACCAAUUCAUAAAAAAGAUUACAAAUGAUUACGACAAGGAUCUAAUAGUUGGCAUUGGUGCAUUCGGAACAGUUUACAAGGGUAUUUGUGAAAAUGGAGAAGCAAUUGCUGUGAAGGUACUAUGGAACAUCACAGGAAUUGAUAAUAAGGAUUUUCAAAAGGAGUUCGAGAACCUUAGGAGGCUAAAGCAUCCAAAUGUUGUUCAGCUACUAGGUUACUGCAAUGAAAUGGAGAAAGUACUUGUAGAACAUAAUGGGAACCCAGUUGUUGCUUACAAGAUGCAUACGGCGCUCAUCUUCGAGUAUGUACGCAAUGGUAGCCUUGCCAAUCAUAUUUCUGCUGAUGGAUGCUCGACACUUAAUUGGCAUACACAAUACAAAAUAAUCAAAGGGAUCUGCCAUGGUUUAGAAUAUCUUCAGCAUGGAUUCGAGCUUUCAGUAUGGCAUUUGGACUUGAAACCUGGUAAUAUAUUGCUAGAUAACAAUAUGAUUCCGAAAAUUGCAGAUUUCGGAUUAUCAAGACUCUUAGGCGAUGAAAACACAAGAAAGACAAUCAACAACGUUGGUACAUGCGGUUACGUGCCUCCAGAGUAUAUAGACCAAGGCCUAAUCUCAAAAAAGUUUGAUAUAUUUAGUUUGGGUGUUAUAAUUGCAAAGUUAAUGGCCGGAACUGAAGUCUACUUCAAGAUUGAUGACAUGGGACAAAAAGGAUUUGUCAAGCAUGCGACAAGAAAGACCCACUAUACAGUCCAUUGUCUCUGA